AUGAAUCCCAAUACAACAAUGCAAAUGCUAAGUGACAAGACAGUGCCCAGGCUAGGAGGUGCCAGAGAGCAAUACAAGCUCUCAUCAGCAGCUCGCUCAACCUGGUUUGCCAAGGUCCUUAGACCAACACGGCUACAACCCACCCCCCGUCCCAAAGAUGGCCGUACAGAUCCAAUUUUGGAUGAUGUAGGUGAUGCUUUCCAACUCAUGGGAGUUAACCUGCAUGAGCUUGAAGAUUAUAUACACAAUAUUGAACCUGUCACAUUUGCACAUCAAAUCCCUUCGUUUCCUGUCAGCAAGAACAAUGUCCUACAGUUUCCCCAGCCUGGAAGUAAAGAUGCAGAAGAAAGGAAAGAGUACAUUCCUGAUUACAUGCCACCCAUUGUCUCAUCUCAAGAAGAGGAGGAAGAGGAACAGGUCCCCACUGAUGGAGGUACAUCAGCAGAAGCCAUGCAGGUUCCCCUGGAAGAAGAAGGAGAUAUGGAAGAAGAUGAGGCUGUUAAUGAUGAAAAUUUCAUGGGCAAGAGACCAUUGGAAAGUCCUGAUACUGAGGAAAUGCCUGCUGUGAAACGACCAAAACUAGCUCUCACUAAAGCAGACGCUCUGGAUGGAGUUUUGGAACCACGUGAACCUCUUAGUUCAAUAAACACUCAAAAAGUGCCACCAAUGCUGUCUCCAGUUCAUGUUCAGGACAGUACAGACUUAGCCCCCCCAUCACCAGAACCACCAAUGUUGGCUCCCAUUGCAAAAUCACAAAUGCUUACCCCCAAAACAUUAGAAACAAAACCAUUUGUGCCCAAGGCAAAAGUCAAAACUGGUUCUCCAGGACAGAAAACAAAAUCGCCUAAAGCUACUCCAUCACCAGUCAUUACUGGAAGUCCCCUACGUUCACCAAAACCUGGAUCCAAAGAGAAAAAGUCACCAGGUCGUGCCAAGAGCCCCAAAAGUCCUAAAAGUCCAAAGGUUCCUACUCACAUUUCUCCAGCAGCAGUCAAACCUGAAACACCAAGCAGAACCCCGCUUGCUGCAUUAAGUGAAAAGAUGGGAAAAGAGAACAUCCAAGUAAAACAAGGGCAAACACCACCUGAGCCUGGGAAACCAAACAGUGAAAAUCAGAUGAAGAAAGUACCAGUGAUGGACAAGACCAUUGAUGAUUCAAUUGAUGCAGUUAUUGCCCGUGCGUGUGCAGAACGUGAACCUGAUCCAUUUGAGUUUUCCUCUGGUUCAGAAUCUGAGGGAGAAAUGUUUACCAGUCCUAAAAGACUUUCUAUUUCAGAGACCACAGCCCCUAAAGCUUCUGUUUCUGCCAACAAUUUAAAUAAAAUAGGAGCAACUCCACUGCCUCUCUCAGGAGGCACUUCAAGUUCAGACAUUUCAUGGACAAUGGAUGACUCAAUCGAUGAGGUCAUUCGAAAGGCAAACAUGGGGACACCGUCUAACCCGCCUACCAGCUUCCCUUAUUUCUCCUCUCCUUCUGCUUCACCACCAACACCAGAACCUCUUCUCAAAGUCUAUGAGGAGAAAACCAAACUGGCAUCAUCAGUAGAAGUGAAAAAGAAGCUGAAAAAAGAGCUGAGGACAAAACUAAAGAAAAAAGAAAAGCAGAAAGACAAAGAGAAAAAUAAAGAGAAAAGCAAAGAUAAGGAUAAAAACAAGGAGAAGGAUAAAGACAAAGAAGGGAACAAGGAAGCAAAGUUUCCGUGGAAGGAGCUGCUCAGAGAUGAUGAUCUUGAUCCCUAUAAGUUCAAAUUAAAGGACUUUGAAGAAGCUGACAUGAAAAUGAAGUUGAAAGAUGGCAACACCAAAAAAGAGAGAGAGAAGCAUAAAGAUAAGAAGAAAGAUAAAGAAAAAGGCAAAAAAGACAAAGAUAAGAAAGACAAAGAGAAGCUUAAAGAUAAAGGUAAGGAAGAUAAGAUAAAGGCUCCCUCAGCACCUCUUGCGUUACCUCCCAAAGAAGUGGCUUUGCCCUUGUUCAGCACCCCUGCUGCCAUGAGACUUCCAACCAUGUUGCCCUCCUUGUCCCCAAUGCUCCCUGAAAAACUGUUCGAGGAAAAAGAGAAACCUAAAGAGAAGAAGAAAGACAAAAAAGAGAAGAAGAAAAAGAAAGAGAGGGAGAAGGACAAAGAAAAGGAAAAGAAAGAGAAGGAAAAAGAGAGGAAGGAGAGAGAAAAGAAAGAAAAAGAGAAAGAAAAACACAAACAUGAAAAAAUAAAGGUGGAACCAGUUGUUCCAGCUUCAUCACCAGUUAUUCCCAGACUGACACUGAGAGUGGGUGCUGGCCAAGACAAAAUAGUCAUCAGCAAAGUGGUGUCAGCUCCGGAGGCUAAACCCUCUACUCCCGUGAAUCGGCCUAAAACACCUCCACCUGCACCAUCUCCGGUACCAGCUCCUGUCCAUGUGACCCCUCCUCCUGCUCCAGCUCCUCCUCCACUGCCACCACCUGCUAUCCAGCCGGCUCUGAUACCACCCCCUUCUCCUGCUGUCUCGGCUGCAGGAGGAUCCAAAGCACCAGUUCGGAGCGUGGUAACGGAGACUGUCAGUACUUACGUGAUCCGAGAUGAAUGGGGUAACCAGAUCUGGAUCUGUCCUGGCUGUAACAAACCAGAUGAUGGCAGUCCAAUGAUAGGCUGUGAUGAUUGUGAUGAUUGGUAUCACUGGCCUUGUGUUGGAAUUACGACUGAACCCCCAGAAGAAACGCAGUGGUUCUGUUCUAAAUGUGCCAACAAAAAGAAAGAUAAAAAACACAAGAAGCGGAAGCACAGAGCACAUUGAAGACGUUGCAGUGGAUUUAAGUCAUACGGUCACUUCAGCACUUCUACCCUGACUCCUUUGUAGAGGGAUUCAGUGUGCUUCUGUCUCAUCAUCUGUCAUCAGGUUUUAUGGAUUAUGACUCUCAAGUGAAUCAGGAACAAAAAUACACUGUCCAUUCAGGACUGUUGAGGUUUUUUUUGAAACCGUGUGGGCCCCCAUGGGUUAGAUCUUAGUCCGUUCUGACGCUGACUUUCACCUGCCGAAGGGAACUUGCACAGAGUGAGACAAAGGGUAAAUAGUUACCCACACAGCUCUUGAGGAUUGGAAGCAGCAGCGAUCCAUGUUGUAUAUACAGAUAUCUGCUCUCUCCUUUUUGAUUUGUUUUUAUUCUCUCCUGAGCCUGAGUGGGGUGUUGGGAGAGAUCACCGUGUAAAUGGCAGCAAACUGUAAACUAAAGAGACCUUCUGGAAUGAUUUCUGUAGUCUGAAAACAGUUUUCAACUCUCUUCCUGCAUAACCAGAUAAUCAUAACAUGGGGAAAAAAAAAAGUGGCUGGUAAAUAUUUUUGUGAUAAGAAUAUAUGAAGCUUUUUUCCUUGAUUUUUAGUACUAACAUAAAAUAAACAUGUUCGAGCUUUUGUGAAAUAUCUUCUAUUUUUUAAAAGAAAGUUUCUAUUGUGUCAGUUUUUUUCUUCCGUGUGAAUUGUUUUUGGUGGACCUGUAAUAUAUUUUAUACUUUGUUUUUGUUUUUUUUAGUCUUUGUCCAUGUACCUUUACAUUGCUUGUACAUUUCAUCAAGGCGGAAAAACACCUCACAUUAAAAGAUUUUCAGUCAUGUAAAUACCUGAUAUUUAUAAAGUACUUUUUAUGAUUAUUAUUAUUAUUUUGUAGGGUUCCGAGUUUGGUGCCUUUUCUUUUCCUUUUUUUAAUUUGCAGGUGUGUAAUCCUGGCAGUUAAUAAAAUCCCUUACGUUUUAUGUUUACUCCUGUAGCUGCAAUGGACUAUGAUAGUCAUCCCAGGAGGAGCUUCCCCAGUGGUACACGCAUUGAAAUCAGCUGAGAUCAUACUUAAGGCCUUAAUUCAGGAGGUUUUUAAGCAUACGUGUAAUUUUUAAGAAGUGACUAAUCCUGUUGCCUUCUGUGGGACUGUUCUUUUGCUCAGUUACACACUUGCUUAAGUACCUUUCCGAAUUGGGGCUGAAGGCUAUGGGCUCUAACAUUAGUUUUAAUGGUAGCAAUCAAGUUUUAAUUUGUAGCCGGAGAUGCUGCUAAUUUUAUUUUGAAGCAGUUGUGUGUUUCAAGAAUGGGCACGUAGCACUCCGUAAAGGCUUUAGAGCAUAUAAUACCAUUUUGAGUAUUACCUUGUAAUGACAAAUAAAGUAUGCUAUGAAAUGUAUGUUGUACCCCCAGUUUUAAACAAAGAAGGAAAACUCCCCAAAUAUGACAGAAUGGUGACAGUAUUAGAUAUUUUAGUGCAAUGUGUCUAAGAGGUGAAUCAAAUAUAAUGUACAAAUAAUUUUGAAGUGUUAUGCCUUAUGUUUCAGGAAUUACAGGAUGAAUUUCAACCUCAUCUAAUUUUAGGAUGCUUCUCUUUUGGAUUGUACAUUGAUAAGCAUCUGGCGUUUUAGACUACAAACCUUUAACUUGUUGCACAAAUAUUAAGAAUUAUUUUUUUAAAUGCCAUCUAAAUUGAUAUUAAUGAGAAUGAGUUAGUCAUGUUUUAAAAACAUCAUGUCUAGUUAGGGAAAUGAGGUUUUGCUGAUAUGACUGUUAAAUUGCAAAGCAGUGGAGAUACAGAUGAAAUUGGGUUAUUAAAAGUACACUGUUACCUUCUUUGUUCACUGCCACCUCAUUCAUAUUCUAUCCUUACUAAUUACCAGUCAGCACAUCAGUCAAGAAAGUUCUUGGUUUUAAUUUUGAAUUUUGGAUUUCUGGAUGUUUUUAAAUCCUUUCUGGUUUUGCCUAUGUAAUAGACCCACACAGAAUAUCAUCUUUGAUCCUUUUUGAUUUGGUUGCAAAAUAAAGAACUGGCUUU